GAAUUGUGUAUGUUCUGUGGAUUGAUUUGGUAUCGUUUGUGAAAUGGUACGCAGGUGUUAAGUUAUCAUAUUUUUGACGCAAGCAUGCGUUUUGAUAAUUUUUGGAUACUUUCGACAAAGAGGAAAUAUAUCCCUAAUGUACUUUUCAGUCUCAAAUGUGCCUUUGAGUUAUGUUAGGUCAUUUAAAUCGUAUUUAGGAAAGUUAUAUUAUUCUAAACAACAUAACCUCAAACAAAUCCUAUUGACUAUGCCAAGGGACACAGGACACACAGAAAUACUGCAGAAGCAACGCCAAAAAUGUAAAGUAAAAGGACAAAAAUAUACUCCUGGAACAGUAUCUUUACAAGUACUUGGCAGCGGCGCAAAAGGGGCCCCACGAUCACUUUAUGUAUUCACUGAUCAAUCUAGGUAUCUGUUCAACUGUGGUGAAGGGACUCAACGUUUGGCACAUGAGCAUAAGAUGAAGUUGUCCAAGUUGGAACACAUUUUCAUUACACAUCCGACUUGGGAGAAUAUCGGAGGUCUACCUGGUCUUGCUCUCACUAUCCAAGAUGUAGGCGUUCCAGAAAUUACACUGCAUGGCCCAGCUGGCACUGAUGAAAUUUUCAGAGCAACUCAAAGGUUUGUUAUCCUCAAAUACCUAUCAGUCAAGAUGGCUUGUUGUCCGGCAGGGGGCUAUUUUGAAGACUCUGUAAUGACUGUUCACUAUUUACCAAUCACUAGUACAACUGUAACUGCAAUGAAUGAUCUGAAUGAUAAUAUGGAAAAUCCACAAUUGACAGCUGGUGGUCAGGUUGUCUUACCUGGAGGAACAGACAAUAAAGAAGAAAGCGAUGACGUGGACUAUUAUGCUCAUGAACGGAAAAGGAAGAAGUACAGGCACUCGGUAGAUAGGAGCUCUGAAACAAAGAGACUGAGAUCGGAUGCACGUAAAGAACCAGUAGCACUGUCAUACAUUUGUCAACUGAAGCCACGGCCCGGUACACUGUGUCUGGAGCGCUGUGUGGACAGGAGAGUGCCCCCUGGUCCUCUUCUAGGGAAACUGAAAGCUGGUGAAGAUGUUACAUUGCCUGACGGUACAUUGGUCAAGUCAGCAGAUGUUCGAUUGCCAGAUGAUCCUGGGCCAAUUUUUAUUGUUGUGGACUGCCCAUCUCUUGACUACGUGGAUUCUCUAGUAAAUAAUUCUGCAUUCUCAAGACAUCAAGCAGCAGCAGCGUCAGAAAUUGAUCUUGCAUUUCUUGUUGUUCAUUUUACUCCAGAAAGUGUCAUGAAGGAUUCAAGGUAUCGUCAGUGGAUGGAACAAUUCUCUCCAAGCACAUACCAGCUGACAAUCAAUGAGAGCAACAGUUGUAUGGGAAGCGUUGCUGUUCAUCGCAUUCAGCAUAAGCUUCAUCUGUUGCACCAAGGGAUAUUUCCUUUCCUACAGGAUACAAGCAUUCCUUUAGAAGAUACAGGUUGUAGUGAGGAGAAUGGAAUUGUUAGGACUGUAUCUGUUCCUGAACAGGAUGGCAAAGAACGUGACUCGCUAAGCAGAACGACGAGCUGGUCAGAAGAUGGCGGUAGCCCAGAUCUUUCGAUUGGUGAAGAAGGUGCAUUGAUAAAAGAGGACUCUAAUGACAUUACUGAAAGAUCGUUGACUUCAUAUAAAAAUGAUUCAAAUAUUUUUUCUUUAAUUCAAGCAAGAACAUUUUGCAGCAUACAUCUCCGACCUCGCAGAGGUGUUGACCGCCAAGGAGAACUGAAGUUGUUCCCGAAGCAGUACAUAGAAGAGACGCGGUGUGUGGACGGGUUUCCUGAAGUUCUGGCUGAAUUGAAGCAGAUGCUCAUGGAGACUCAGGUGGAUCCUUUGAGAAAGUUCCCGCAGGUUCUUUUUCUUGGAACUGGCUCUUGCAUACCAAACAAGACGCGCAACACCAGCAGCAUUCUUAUACAUACAAGCAAGGAUGACUGCAUCUUGCUUGAUUGCGGAGAAGGGACCUAUGGACAGUUGGUGAGAUUUUAUGGACCAAGGGAAGUUGAUGCAGUUCUCCGCAAGCUGCGAGCUGUGUUCAUAUCUCAUCUUCAUGCUGACCACCAUAUUGGGUUGGUAGGCCUACUUAAGGGACGCAAACGGGCCCUUCCACAGAGCCAAGUAUUUCUUAUUGCGCCCAGACAGAUCAUGUCAUGGCUAAAUCUUUAUCACUGUUGCUUUGAGCCUGUGCUGCAAGAGUUUAUGCUGGUUGCCAACGGAGUUCUGCAAAUGGGAAUGAAGAACAUUAAAGCUGAUGUGUACUCACAGCUGCUGGCCUCUCUCCACAUGUCAGACAUCAGCACAGUUUCAGUCAGACACUGCCCUAAUGCAUUUGGAGUGGCAUUCAGCCACUCUGAUGGCUGGAAGAUAACAUACUCUGGUGAUACAAUGCCCUGUGAUGAUCUGGUUGAACUUGGCAUUGGAAGUGACUUGUUGAUACAUGAGGCCACAAUGGAGGAUGAACUUUUGGAAGAAGCGCAGACUAAACUGCACUCUACAACAUCGCAAGCAAUCGAAAUGGGACAGCGUAUGGGAGCCAAGUUUACACUUCUGACACACUUCAGCCAGCGUUAUGCUAGGCUGCCACGUUUCAAUGCCAACUUCACGAAGGAUGUUGGUGUAGCAUUUGAUAACAUGCAGGUUUGUGGUCAGUGUGAUACGUAAGUUUAAUUUAGACCUCCGACAUUCUGGACAGGUAUUCGCCAUUCUGUUUGUGUUCAGGAAGCUACAUGAAACUGAAAUUAAUGAAGAUUAUGGUAUUUAUAAUCUGUACACAUAAAUAGUAAGUCCAUAAUGUGAUUAUUACCACUGUAGAAGAAAGACGACUGUA